GGGAUGUUUCAAUAUGAAUAGAUAAAUGACUUUCAUAGUAUUAUUGACACAAAGUAAGAAACAAGCUGAAGAAAAUGGAGCCUGAUUAUAGAUUAGAAGAAACAGAUCGUACAAGCUCGGAUGAAUCUGAUCACAUUUUCGAGGCAUCAGAUGAGUACUAUGAUUAUCAAUGUUCCACGUGCCUGAAGGAGAAAAAGAACGUAAAUGCAGAAAUGUACUGUGUAGAAUGCGAUCACUUUCUAUGCCAGACGUGCUUGAAACAGCACAACAAGUUUGACAGUAUGAAACAACACCAAGUCGUGAAGAACGCUAGUGGCAAAGGAAAAGAUGUUAAGCGGAAAGGCAACUGGGUGGAUUUACCCUCGCAGAGAUGUGAUACCCACCAUGGGAAACUUAUCGAUAUGUACUGUCGUGGUCACAACGAAGUUUGCUGCGGAGCAUGUGCUUCUAUAAAUCACAAUUCUUGCGCAGACCUCUUGUAUUUGCCAAAGGCAGCAAAAGCUGCAGACGUGCUUGAAGAAGCAAAAGAUAUGUUGGUAAAAAUGGAAAUGGUGCAGUCCAAUGCCAAGGAUUUAUCAAAUGCGAGACAGCUUCAUGUUGCUAACUUAAAGGCGGAGAAAGUCAAAAUAUCUGAUCAAAUCAAAGAUACCUGCUCCAAAAUAAUAAACCACUUCAAAAGACUAGAAACAGUGCUUUUAACACAGCUUAGCGAUAAAGCGUCCGAUGAUGAAGAUGAAGAACAAGCUGCUAUAAGCCAAACUGCGGAGGUGAUAUCAUCGCUUAAAAGCGAACACCUUCUCCUGACAAAGUUUCUUACUGAUAAAAAUAUGUCAUCACUGUUCGUUCAGCUAAAACUUGCUGAAAAAUGUCAGUUACAAUGUACCGAUACUUUGAAUAGUUUAAAACCGCAUAGUGCAACAACCCUUGAGUUUUCAGUGAAUCACAGAGCUAUUGAUGUUGUAAAUGAAAUCAAAUCUCUUGGUGAAAUUAUUGAAAAUAAGACAAUUAAAUCGGUCAGUCUGAAUGGCGAUUUUGAUGUGAAAUCUCCUAAAGAUAAAUCAACAUGUGAUAUUACAGAUAUAAUUAUGCAUAUAGACGGAAGUUACUUGAUAACUGACUUUGAAAACAAAAGUCUUAAGAAGCUGGACAGUCAGUACCAAGUUGUAGAUAUUCUGCCUCUUUCUGGCCAACCAAAUGCUGUAUGUUUUGUUAGCAGUUCCAGUGUCGCAGUUGCACUUACUGAUACAAAGACAGUUCAGUUCGUAAAUUUAACAAGAAGAUUAGCAUUGUCGUCCUCAUUCAGUGUUACGGGCCACUGCCGUGGCAUCGCCCAUAAGGAUGGACUCAUCUACGUUACCUGCGGUGGAAAUCAUAAAUUCGGCGAAGGCAAAGGUCUUCUAUGUGUGUAUAAUUAUUCUGGGAACAUGCUAAAAACCUUCGAUACAGACAUGUCAUUACCAAAACAUAUAUUAAAACAUAAAGAUGGGCUCAGAAUGUAUGUCGUUGAUACUCAAAAAUGUUUGCUAAUCAUCACAUCUGACGGACGAACCCUUAAAAGGCGCAUUUUCAGAGACAUAGAUAAUCCAAAGGGAAUUUGUUCAGGCCCUGGUAGCCAACAUUUCUUGAGUGGCUAUAGUUCAAACACUAUCAUUCUGCUGUCGGGAAAUGCCUACCAAGUGUGUGUCAUAAAUGUAGACAAUAUCAAGAAACCUCAGGCACUUUGUUUUGACCAGUUUAAGUCAAGAUUGAUUGUCGCCAUGGAUAAUACAAACAUUCUCAAGGUUCUUGAUGUGUCGUUCGAAUAGAAACAUCCAGAAAAGCUCUGGAAGGAGAAAAGACGUUACUCCAAACGUUUAAAAAUAAAGACAAUUUAGAGAAAUAGAUAAGUUUACUGUAAAGUCAUAUUAUGUCCAAAAUUUCAUAUUCGAAAACUUGAAUGUUCAUUACAAAGUAUUAAUGUAGACACAAAAUAAAUAUAUCUAUAAGAUGCAUA